AUCCAAGUACAACCUGAACGAGCUCUCCCACGACACCGCUAUGGGGCUGGUGCAGUUUGCGCUCGACAGCGGCGUGCGGGUGGCGGAGCUCCUGGUGGACACGGUGGGGCCGGCGGAGCCGUACGCAGCCAAGCUGCGCCUGCGCUUCCCGGGGCUGGGGGUCACCGUCUGCCCCCGCGCCGACAGCAGCUUCCCGGUGGUGAGCGCGGCCAGCAUCUGCGCCAAGGAUCUGCACCAAGACCCCAAAACCAAGGAGUGGCUGCGGAGGAGCCUGGAGCCCGUGUUCGGGUUCCCCCAACUCGUGCGCUUCAGCUGGGGCACGGCCAAGGAGCUGCUGCGGGGAGGGGGGGUCCCCGUAACGUGGGUGGAUGAGGACCCCGAAAGCGACCCCACGGCCCCCCCCUCGCUCCUGUCCUACUUUGCCCGCACCCCCCCCCAAGGGCGCCCCCCCCACCGCUUCUUCCAGGAGCGAAGACUGCACCCCAUGGAUGACCUCUGACCCCCCCAAAAUUGCCC